AUGUGGCAUUCAUUCGUUACGGCCUUCCUUCGAGAAGUGGUCACUCAAGCAAUGGUAGGAAACCUGCUUUGGAGACAAUGCGCGUCACUGAAUGCCCUGUUUCUCCUCAUCCUCACUGCAUCUGCUCAAGGAGAUCAAGACGCGACUCCAGCACAUAAAUUGAGUAUCACAGUAAAGCAAGAUUGGGGUAUAAUUGCAAGUGUAGAACUUGUUUGGGAUGUGAAACCCCCUACAACUUCGAAGCAACUUUUUGUGGUCAAAGUGAUCAAUCUUCAAAAAGAAGUCCCCAAGCUUUGGGCAGAAAACGAGGACACGCACGAGGUCAUUUUUGAAAGUGAACCGCUCAGCACUACUUCAAAGUUUGUUCCGGUCUAUAACGGACGUCGCCACAAUUUCACGGUUUGCAUGGUGGGAGAGAACAAAGCAUUGCAUUCUUGUGAGACAAAAACUCAAGGAGUUCUUCCUCGUAACAUAAACAUACGAGUGGACAAAAUAAUUGAGGAAUUCAAGGAUGAUAUUGGCAUAUAUACUAUUUAUUGGACAUUGGAUACCUAUGAAGAAAAGGCCACGAAGGAUUUUGAUUAUGAGCUAAGCAUAAGAGCUGAAGACCACAGCUAUGAAUUUAUUGUCGAGAAAGAUCGUGAGGCAAGAUUAUAUCCUACACCGAAUGCUAUAUUCGCAAUUACUAUCUGUCGUCUGUAUGUGGGAGUGAAGUAUCCGUGCAAGACUGUAUACACCAAACCCUAUUUCUGGAAAAGGCCGCUGGUUAAAGAUGUUCGCCUUGACUUUCAACUUGAGUCCGAUGAAAGGAUAAAAGUGAAUGUUAAUUACGCACACGAAUUGGUCGAUUCAAUUUGCCAGAUCGGUUUUUGGAAAGGUCAUAAAUUUCCGCUAGGAAAAAAAAUUGACUGGGAACACACAACUGAAAGAACAAUCCAGCAUGACGUGGUACAGAAUGGCAAGUAUUUUCUGACUAUUGGCUGUUCUCCCAAAAAACUUGUACCUUAUUUCCAUCCAUGGAUAUUCUUUCAUGCGCCCACGCUUGUCAGACGCUACAAGGAUUCCGCACGAAACCACAGCUAUUUGGUACCCUUCAAUGUAUCGGUGGCAAAUGUUAAUGUUCAUUUCGAGAAGAUUGGAAAACAUUCGAAAGACUUCAAUAUGCUCAUGCUGCGCUGGUUCCAUGAGUUGAAAAACGGUUAUCCGCUCCCUGAGAACUUUGUGAAAUCAGUCACGUUAGAGGAAUACUAUAUGCCCUUACAUGUUGAAACAUAUGCAAAAACGCUAUUGGAAAAUAGCACUAGAGCUCGAGGAUCAAUUUAUGUGAUAGAUCACUGUCGCACUCUUCUCUUAAACCACUCAUUCUACGCCCUAACCACAGUCUACGAAGACAAUACGACGUCAUUUGUCACUACAGAAGAAUCAGAUUGUGAAGCAAACCAAAAAGUGCCCAAACCAAAAAUUCUUCUCCUCCAAUUUGCGCCUUUCAAAGUCAUAGUCAACGUCCAGAUGUCGCUCCAUCAAUGGUACGAAGAUGAAGAGGCAGGAUGUGCGGUGAGAAAACUUCCUCAUCAUUAG